AUGAAGUGUCUUGUUGCUGUUUUGGUCUGUGUGGCGCUUGUGGAGGGACUCGUCAGGAUCCCUCUGAAUAAGCACAAGUCUAUGCGUGAGGCCCUGAGAGAGAAGGGGAUCGAGCUGCCUUACCAUGAUCCGGCUCUCAAGUACCAGCCUGAUGAGUUUUCCACCUCUGCCAACAUGUACAUCAAUAACUACGCUGACACCACCUACUAUGGCGCCAUCAGUAUUGGAACACCCCCCCAGUCCUUCCAAGUGCUCUUUGACACCGGCUCUGCCAACCUGUGGGUUGACUCCAUCUACUGUAGCACUCGGGCUUGCAACGCACACACAAAGUUCAACCCCCGGCAGUCCUCUACCUACUCUGCCAUUGGAAAAAGAUUCUACCUGCCCUACGGAGCCGGAAGCCUCUAUGGUACCUUUGGAUAUGACACUGUCAAUGUUGGUGGCAUUGAGAUCAACCACCAGGAGAUCGGUCUGAGCACAAAUGAACCUGGUCAGAACUUUGUGGUUGCCAAGUUUGACGGCAUCCUCGGCCUGUCCUACCCAAGCAUCUCCGCUGGAGGAGAGACUCCCGUCAUGGACAACAUGAUUUCUCAAAACCUGCUGAGUGCCAACUUAUUUUCUUUCUAUCUCUCCAGGGGAGGACAGCAGGGCAGCGUGCUCUCUUUCGGAGGAGUGGACACCAGCCUGUACCAGGGACAGAUCCACUGGACCCCCGUCACCUCUGAGACCUACUGGCAGAUCGGAGUUCAAGGAUUCGAGAUCAAUGGUAGAGAGACCGGCUGGUGCUCUCAGGGCUGCCAGUCCAUUGUGGACACUGGAACCUCCACACUGACAGCCCCAAGCCAGCUCAUUGGUCACAUCAUGCAGGUCAUCGGCGCUCAACAGAGCCAGUAUGGAAUGUACAUGGUGGACUGCAGCCAGCUCAACAACCUGCCAACUCUCAGCUUUGUUGUUAGCGGUGUUGCCCUCCCUCUGCCUCCUUCUGCUUACAUCACUCAUCGCUACCAGAAUGGAAAGCAGUUCUGCUCUGUGGACAUCGCCCCCACAUACCUGCCCUCUCGUAACGGCCAGCUCCUGUGGAUCUUUGGGGACGUGUUCCUCAGAGAGUACUACUCCAUCUACGACCGCACCAACAACCGUCUCGGCUUCGCUACAGCUGCCUAAAAGUCAUCAUUUUAACAUAACUAUA